CAUAUUUUAAUUGAGUGCCUGUUUGGCAUAGACACAUAACUUAAUCAUGAACCUACUCAUAUCAUUCCAACCUUAGCUGCGGGAUUCUUGGCUCUCUGAAUCCGAGAAUUUUCUGUCUUCUUUUCUUUUCCUCUGUCAGCAAAGCACUAGCAAAGAGCCUGCUCUAAACACCUCUUUCUAUCCAUUGAUCUCUAUCCAUAACAGUAAUAGAAAGAACAAGUCCAAAGCUGAAGAACAAUUGUGCUCUGUUCAGCAAAAAUGGCAGGAAUGCUUCCGGGAGUUGAAUCAGCUAGAAGGAGAAGGUUCCAUAAAAGUGGAGGGUGCUUGGAUGGACCACUGUUGGCUCCUCAUAACUCCACUAGGCGCUCUUCGUUCUGUUUGUAUGCAAGUAACCAUGAAUCUCGCAUUUCCUCAUCUUCUUCCCUGCAAAGAGGCUUGCUAUACCAGGCACACCUUGAUGAGAGUUUGGGGGGAGCAGCAAGAGAAGCUAAACAUAGAUUGGAUGACAAGUUCAGAGCACAAAGGGUAUCUGAAACCAAUAGUGUGGAGGAGAGAAGAAGAAGCUUAGGAGAGUUGGGGACAGAGACAUAUGGGUCAAGGAAAAGUGGUUCAAGGAGGUUCAGUUGGAGCAAAUUGAGCUGGAAGGCCUCAGAGCAAGAGGAUUGUGCAGUGUGUUUGGAAACAUUCAGGAAUGGGGAGACACUGAUUCCUCUUCCUUGUGCCCACAGGUUCCAUUCCAGAUGCUUGAAGCCUUGGUUGGAAAAUAAUUCACACUGUCCAUGCUGCAGAACCACCAUUCUUUCCCUCUAGUUUUUAUUUUUUUCAUUGUGUGUAAUUGUAGACUUGGUUGGAUGAUGAAGUCAAGAAUUUUGACCAUCUGACUUACUUUUAAUACGCGUGAGAUUAAGUGCUGAGUUAAUGUGAAAGAACUUUCAUCUAAAA